AUGACCAGGGUAAAUAUCAAUAAGCAUGAAGACACAAGCAAUGCUUCACCUCUUCGCAAGCCAUUAUUUGUCGCGCAGCCUCCGCUAGGCAGUGAUGGCCGACAGAUAAUCCGAAAGGUGCUGAUUGCCAAUCGGGGUGAAAUUGCGUGUCGCAUUAUCCAGACCUGUCGGAUAUUGAACAUUCUAUCCGUCGCAGUUUAUGUUGAUGAGGACUCUUGUUCACGUCAUGUUCGAGAUGCCGAUGAAGCCAUCAAUAUUGGCAGCAUUGACAGGAAUCAAACAAACCCGUUCCUUGACAUGGACUUGCUCGUUCGUACUGCAGUCACUGUUGGAGCUCAAGCAAUCCACCCAGGUUAUGGAUAUUUGAGCGAGAAUUCAGAUUUUGCAACCAGUAUCCGGACAGCAGGGCUUAUCUUCAUUGGGCCAAGUGCCAGUGCCAUGUCGACUCUAGGUGACAAGCGGUCAUCGAAAGAAUAUUUGCGAAAGCACGCACCCGAUGUUCCUCUUAUUCCCGGUUUUUCGGGAUCUAGCCAGGAUGAUGAAACUUUGAGGAAAGUUGCACAUGAGAUUGGUUUCCCAGUGAUGCUUAAGGCAUCCGCAGGAGGUGGUGGGAAGGGCAUGCGAAUUGUGCGAGAAGCAGGAGAAUUGAAACAGGAGCUUGCGCGGGCACAAUCAGAGGCCCAGCGAUCAUUCGGCUCAAGUGAUUGUAUCUUGGAAAAAUACAUCGAAAGCAGCAAACACGUUGAGAUUCAGAUUCUGGGUGACUCGCACGGCGAAGUGGUCUCAUUUUUCGAUCGCGACUGCUCCGUUCAGCGAAGACAUCAAAAGGUCAUCGAGGAAACUCCUUGCCCUUUCCUCACUGAUGAAACGCGCCAGCAUAUGAGCAACACUGCCGUUCGAAUUGCCAAGUUGAUCGGAUAUGAGAACGCCGGCACGGUUGAGUUCGUCGUCGAUAUUAAGACCGGUCACUUCUAUUUCCUUGAAGUCAACGCUAGAUUGCAAGUCGAGCAUCCGAUAACUGAGGAGGUCACACAAGUGGAUUUGGUUGCACUACAACUAUUUGUCGCUGCUGGUGGGAAAUUGCAAAGUCUGCCUGCCGUUCAGAAUGUGACUCAACAAGGACACGCAAUCGAAUGCCGCUUGUGCGCUGAGGAUCCGCAAAAAAAUUUCUUCCCAGAACAUGGCAAGGUCCUUCUAUGGCUUCCAGCGUCAGGUGUCCUCGGGCCAGGUCGGGAUGUCCGCUACGAAACGGCGAUUGAGACUGGAUCCACUGUCUCAAUUUAUUUCGAUUCUAUGAUCGCCAAGAUUGUCAUUUGGGCGCCGACUAGGCCUCUGGCCGUGGAGAAGAUGGCCAAGGUGCUCGCUCAUACUGCUUGUGUUGGUGUUAAAACCAAUCAACUCUUCCUGCAGGCUUGUUUAUUGAACAAAGCAUUCCAUGACCCUGCAUACGAAACAUCGUUCAUCCCUACACACAUCGAUGAAUUGCUGCAACCAUCCUUUAACUGGAACUUACUAGAUGUGGAGAAGGUGCUUUCUGUUCUACCGGGCUUGGUUGUUCGGAAACUUCCGAGCUCCAUACCAGUCGGCAUGCGGAAGAAGCCAUUCGGGGAUGUUCGGGCACAGUUCCGCAAUCAACGGUUCGACCCAGUCAGUGUUCACUGUGACAUUGUGACGGCUGUGGACUGGCCUGGUAAGAAGCAAGAAGAUAUUGAUCUCGCAACUACUAUGUGUAUAUGGAAGCCUCAAGUCAAGCAGACUUCAAGCAGCGAGGCAGAGGCAUAUCUCAUCCCUGUUGAAAAGGUUGGCCAGUCUCCAGACGAGUCAGCCGGGGCUGCCACUCAGGUCUCCGCCCAAUAUAACAACAUCAGCCAGGCACUACGCAGUGGAAUGGCCAUGUCUUCUAGUCCCUAUCGAGUCAGCAUCGAUUCAUGGCAUCCGUCACAAGGAAAUCCCGCUAUGGUUGAAUCGUGGCUGGUAUCGACCAUUCAGCUCUCCAUCGACGGAACCAAGUUUCUAGCACAUGUGGCUCUCCCUUCAGCCAAACCGCGCGCGCUGGUGGGAGAGAUUGAUCGAGGCCAGCAGGUCUUCUGCCAUUUACCUGCCCUUGGGACGUAUGUUGAGUUCAAACGCGAUACAUUGUUGUCAUUUGCAGAAAGUAUCCGGUCUGUGGCAAAGGCCAAGGGCGGGGCUGAGCAAAGGAGUAUUGAGGCGCCAAUGCCGUGCAAGGUUCUAUCGAUAUUGAAAAACAAUGGAGAUGAGGUCCAAUCUGGUGAACCGGUAAUGGUCAUUGAAAGCAUGAAGAUGGAGGUAAGCAUUGCUGUUUCUGCGUCCGGGAAGUUCGAGACGAAUUGGAAGCAAGGAGAUGCGGUGGAGGAAGGGAGGACUCUUUGCUCUGUUGUAUGA